CCGGCAGGUGCCCGGCGGUAGCUUCUCCUCCGCGGGGAGGUGGGUCCCGCCGCGUCCCUCCCGGGUCUUGCCCUCCUCGUGAACGGUGAGUUUUUACCAAAAAAACGCUUUACCACCCCAAAACGUGCGAUGGCAGGGCGGUCUCACUGCCUGCUCCCAGCCCAGCGCCGCUCCGGAGCGCACCGCUACCAGUCCAGUGUGGCGUUAUUUUAAACUCUAUUUACUUAUGAUUAUUCCGGCCCCCCCUCCCCUCAGCUGGACAAAAUACAAGGGGCUGAAGCACAGCCAAACCUCGCCCUCUUCUUGCAGGAGAAAAGGGGCAGCGUCCCCGCCGCUUCACCCAGGUUCACGAUGUUGACAGCUAUGUUCUUGGCUGCUCUCAUUCUUAUUACAGUACAUUCGCAGGAAACUGAGGAAACCAUAACGUACACGCAAUGCACAGAUGGCUAUGAAUGGGAUCCUGUUAGGCAACGGUGCAAAGAUAUUGAUGAAUGUGAAAUAGUCCCAGAUGCAUGCAAAGGUGGGAUGAAAUGUGUUAACCACUAUGGAGGAUACCUCUGUCUACCUAGAACAGCACAAAUUAUUGUAAAUGAGCGAGAAGAAGCAGCAGCAGCAUCUGAAUCCACUAGUGGUCGAAACAACGUCAUUCGACGGACCCCAGUUGAUCCUCACCGUGCUCCUCCAAACCCAACUCAUCAAAUUCAGUGUGCAGCUGGGUAUGAGCAAAGUGAUCACAAUGUGUGUCAAGAUAUAGAUGAAUGUGCAACUGGAACCCAUAACUGUAGAGCUGACCAAGUAUGUGUCAAUUUAAGAGGGUCUUUCAGCUGCCAGUGUCCUCCAGGCUAUCAGAAACGAGGGGACCAAUGUGUUGACAUCGACGAGUGCACUCUGCCUCCCUAUUGCCACCAUCGAUGCGUGAACACUCCCGGUUCCUAUUAUUGCCAGUGCAAUGCUGGUUUCCAGUUAGCAUCCAACAACCACACCUGUGUAGACAUAAAUGAAUGUGAUGCCAAUAACCCAUGUGCACAACAGUGUUACAAUAUACUGGGUUCUUUCAUCUGCCAGUGUAAUCCAGGAUUUGAGUUAAGCAGUGACAGAAUCAACUGUGAAGACACUGAUGAAUGCAGAACCUCAAGUUAUAUAUGUCAGUAUCAGUGUGUCAACGAACCAGGAAAAUUCUCAUGUGUCUGCCCUGAAGGAUACCAGGUAGUUGGAGGCAGAACAUGUCAAGAUAUAAAUGAGUGUGAGACUACAAAUGAAUGCAGAGAGGAUGAAAUCUGCUGGAAUUACCAUGGAGGAUUUCGUUGUUACCCAAGAAAUCCUUGUCAAGAGCCCUAUGUCCUUACAUCUGAGAACCGCUGUGUCUGCCCUGUUUCGAAUGCCAUUUGCCGAGAACUGCCUUACUCUGUCGUGUACAAAUACAUGAGCAUCCGUUCAGACCGAACAGUGCCCUCUGAUAUCUUCCAGAUUCAGGCAACCACGAUUUACCCUAAUACUAUUAACACAUUCCGGAUCAAGUCUGGAAACGAAAAUGGAGAAUUUUACCUGAGACAAACAAGCGCCGUAAGUGCAAUGCUUGUACUGGUGAAGUCACUAUCAGGACCAAGAGAACACAUCGUGGAUCUGGAGAUGCUAACAGUCAACAGUUUGAAUUAUCGUACAAGCUCGGUGUUAAGAUUAACAAUAAUAGUGGGACCUUAUGCAUUUUAGUGGUUUUCAAUAACCUUUCACUGGCACUUAAAGCAGCCAAAGAAUAUUAUCUUAAAGAAAGCACUUACUAUUUUAUUUAUAGAUUUUGCUCUCUUUUUUUUAAGGUUUGUUUAGUAAGUUGAUAUCUUUAAUCCACACAUUACACCUGUAAUUCAAAAUUAGUAGAUGUGUUCCAUAGUAUAACAUGGGCAUUGUCACUUUCUGUAUAAAGAUUUAAAUCUUUUUUUAUUACUUUUCUUGGACUAGAUACAUACUACGCUUUUGUGUGAGAACUGUAUGUUCAUACUAUCCUGUAAAACUUCACACACCCUUCCUAGCCAAAUAGGUCAUGCAAUUAAAAGGUGAUCUUCUGUGUUUUUUUUUAUUUUAAAUUCUAAUGCAGCUACACUGACAAUCUCAAAAACAAAAAAAUUAUAUAGUAUGAAUGAUACACAAAGUAACGGUUAUCUGAUAAAAAGAAGAAAUAUAUUUUAGCUUAACUACUUCGUAAUAGAAGAUACAGUCAAUAAAAAUCUAUUUCUGUAGACAUUUAUGUGCUAUCAGUUGGUUUUUCUAAUCGGGCUUGGAGGUAAAGUUACACUGUGAGAAAUGUUUUGCAUUGGGUUUUUAUACAUGGCUUGUGUUAACCGUACCGUGGAAUGACAUUCUGCUCUCUCCAAGAAAAAUAGACCAUAGGAAGAAAAUUUCUCCAACUAUGAAAGAAACUCCAAAUGGAAAAAUCACCAUGCAGGGCACAUGUGUCUGUGCUUUCUCCUGAGAACACUGUUGGUAGUUACUGGUUAGAGGGAUACAGCAUUGUCAGACAGAAGCUAACAUGCUAUUUUUCCAGAAAUACUAUGUUAUAAACUAAGAAUUGAGUGCAUUUGCUUAUUAAGUUAUAUCAUUAUCCAGCACUCGGUCCUGUUCCUGCUCUUACAACUCAGAUGUAUCAUGUACAGUGUUCAUAAAAUUUAUUUCUAAUUCAAGGACUAAUAACAUCUUUUGUAAUAUGUAAAAUCUUGUUUCUUGUUUAAAAUGUAGUAGUUAAUCCUUUGAUGUACAAAAUUUUUAAUAAAGAUCUCUUACCAUUUA